CGGACGUGAAGGUCAAACACCUUCUCCACGUCAGUCGACAAUAACAUGGAUGAAAGGUUAGAGGUUAUAGUUCUUACAGUAUUGUCCCACACCUUUCCUCCUGGCAUUAAGCUGUCCUGGUCAGGGUGGAUAACCUCCUCAAAGAGGCAAGUAUUUGGUCAAAAAGUGUAAGAUCAACGUAAAGACUGGAGCAAGCCUGUAAGCAAACUUAUAGAAUUGUCACCAACACUGUGAGAGUGUGGCCUUAGCUUUAAAAAGCCACAGAGAGGACAGUCUCCCUCUUCUGGAGAAAAUAGACCUUAAGGUCAUCUGAAGGAGGCAGUUUUAUGUUGCUAUUCAAUGUCAUGGCGCUCCCCCUGUAGUCACACAAGCAAAGACGCUCUCUUUUUAAGAAGUGCCCCAUAUUUUAUCAAGAUCCACAUUUGUCUGCCUCCCAGGGUACACCUGGAGAUGUCCGUAAGAAUGGACCGAAGACCAUCAGUGACUAUACAAGGAGAGGACAUGAUGGUCAUGGCGUCAUGCUGCGGCUGACACUCCUUCUGGACAGGAGGGCCACGGCAGAGCAAGGGCCCCUUACAAGAGAUUCCAAGGAGUUGCCAACAUUCGGAAACUCUUAAUUCUCUAUCACAUCAGCUACUUGAUCCCAUUAUUAUCCAGAAAGACUGCUGCCGGGGACCGGUCCAUAAAGCAUUAUCCGGAGUGUAGCCGAGGAUAUUAUCGCAAAUGCAAUAUUCUGUCUGCUUCUGCAUAGCUGCCGAAUAAUCUAAAAAAUCAUAUUCUAUGUCUGCCGGCUAUUUGACAGGUCUUAUCUACGACUUCAAAUCUUAUAAAUCCUCUAUGACCUUCCACACCACUUAUACUCUGCUCCAUAUCCUCAACUCUUUCCCUUAAUUUAUGCAAAGCAUUAUGAAUAAAACUCAUGUAAAAUAUAAUUCUCCUAUCGGGGGCGAUAUAUUACCAAAGCUAAUCUAAUCUGGACUCAAAAUCUUAUCUAAUAUGGACUCCUCUUAGAAUUUAACUUAUUCUUAUAUGUAUUUUCUUUCCAUUACAGAAGAUUUGGCUUUUGCGGUUGUUUCUUUUUUUUUUUUAUGAUCCAAUAUUAUUCUCCACUGUAUCAAGUGCAAUUCUAGAAGGAUGGACAAAGACAAGAAUGAGAUGACUAAGAGAAUAUUACACUUCACUUGGGAGAUCUUCCACCUGCUGACCGGAGAGGAUUACACCAUAGUGAAGAAGACAUGGGAGGAGUGUGUGGCCCCCAGCAGCCAUCUCCAUGAGUUAGGAGGACGGAGCAGGGCCCGGGGCCCCAUCACAGAGCCUCCACCUCCCUCACCGAUACAUGAGAAGAAGAUCCUAGAACUCACCCACAGGAUCACUGAGCUGCUGACUAGAGAGGUUCCUAUAAGGUGUCAGGAUGUGGCGGUCUAUUUCUCCAUGGAGGAGUGGGAGUAUGUAGAAGGACACAAGGAUCUGUACCAGGACAUAGUCAUGAUGGAGGAUCACCGGCCCCUCACAUCACAAGGUAAGAAGAGACAUAUAUAUCACUCUCACUACUUGGUAACAUAGAAAUCUAUCGGGCAGCAUUGGGUCCUUCUUUAUAUUGAUGA